AGUUUUCGAACAAGGGUUAAAAGGAAAUGCCACAAUGGGUGCAGAUCCUGAUCAAUCAGCCUGGAACGCCAAUAAAGCUAUAGAUGGCAAUCCAUCACAGGACUACAAAUCAAACUCCUGUGCUAUAACAGAUGUUGAAGGAAACCGUAAUACUUCUAUAUGGUGGAAUGUGUGGUUACAAAAACAAUUCAACGUAGCAUAUCUUGAAAUAUAUUUCAGAUCUGACAAAUAUGCAAGAUCAGCUGGAUUUUCUGUUUACACGUAUGUCCCGCAGGAUUUUAAUCCACUGCAAGAUCCUAAACAUCUUGUAUAUCAUCAGGAUCCCAAGUCUGGAUGUCCAACGUCUGUUAUGAAUGUAACCGUCAACAACGUAACACAAGGGAUCGCAUUUAUCAACACACGUCCACCGGAAUAUAUAUCUACCUGUCCAAAUGAUAACACUAUGUAUACUGGGAUAGAAAUAUGUGAAGUUAAAGUCAUGGGUUGUGACUCCAUUAGAUAUUCACCCAGCUGCGAACUACUGUGUCCAGAUAAAUGUAAAAACCAUCACUGUGACGCAUUUAAUGGAUCCUGUAUUCAUGGAUGCUCUGAUCCAAACGCUCUCACAAUUGACUGCAUUGUAUGCCCUAAUGGAACAUUCAUAUUAAACAAAUCGUGUGUAGACUGUCCUGGUCAUUGUAAAGAUGGAGAACAUUGCAAUAAGUUGACGGGGAUGUGUGAUAACGGAUGUGCUAAUCACUGGAAUGGAACUUUCUGCAAUAUUUGCUCCGAUCACUACUACGGCACUGACUGUAACACUCCAUGUGGACACUGUAAAAACAACGGCGUGUGUGACAAAAGGACUGGUUCCUGUCCUAAUGGGUGUCAGAAUCACUGGCAGGGAGAGAGGUGUGAGGUUUGCUCCGAUCACUACUACGGCACUGACUGUAACACUCCGUGUGGACACUGUAUAAACAAUGGCGUGUGUGACAAAGGGACUGGCCGAUGUCAUGGUGGGUGUUCGAUUCACUGGGAGGGAGAGGGGUGUGACGAUGGCUACAAUUCCGUAGAAUCUCUGUAA